AAUUAACAAUAAUCCCAACAUGUCAGCAUAAAUUUGCAUAAAAUUACAGAAAUAAACAAGCCUAUAAAUAGAAUGACUGGUGCAGUUCCCCUCCUGGCCACCAGAGGGCAAAAGAGCGCGCGCACACGGCAGUGGCGGCUUCGUCAGCAGCAGCAGCGUCCGCGCCGCAGAAGAAGAGCUGUAUGUAUGGCUGUCAUGAGUCGUGCAGUGUGGCCGGUCAGCUGACGGAUCCGCGUCCUCCUGACAUGCUGACCGUCCCCACGCGCCGCGUCUACCUGCGCUCAGGUGUGCUCGCCGGAUGACCUGGAGAACCAUGGUGGUGGUGAACUCGGUGCUGAAGCUGUUGCAGCGGCAGACCUACACCUGCCUGUCGCACCGGUACGGGCUCUACCUGUGCUUCGGAGGCAUCGUGCUCAUGAUAGUUUCCGCCUUCCAGUUCGGAGAGGUGGUGGUGGAGUGGAGCCGGGACCAAUAUCACGUGCUGUUUGACUCCUACAGGGACAAUGUCGGCGGGAAGUCCUUCCAAAGCAGGCUCUGUCUGCCCAUGCCGAUCGACGUGGUGUACACGUGGGUGAACGGCACGGACGUGGCCCUGCUGAAGGAGCUGAAGGCCGUGAAAGAGCAGCUGGAGGAGGAGCAGAGGGCUCUGAGGGAACGCCUGGGGAAAAAUGCAAACGAGACAACCGAAGUUCCAAAAGACAGCGUGAAGCCAGAGUGCCUGCUGUCCCACUGCAUCGUGGCGCCCAUGCUGGCCCUGGAUCCCGCUCUGCCGGCCAACGUCACGGUGAAGGAGCUCCCGUCGCUCUCCGCCUCCUUCUCCACCGCCGAGGAGCUGCUGCUCCUCAACAAGCCGUUCCAUCCGCCCACCUCCGUCUCCGUGCUCGUCUUCCACUCACAGGCUGACGCUGAUAAAGCCUUCACAGACCUGUCCAAAGAAGUCCAUAAGUUCUCCGUGUCCAGAUGUUACCUGACGACGGACAAAGAGGCGCCGGGUCUGAUCCGAAUGCAAGCUCUGGCGUACAUGAGCGGCUUCCCGGCCACCUUCAAGGAGACGGAGCAACUGCGAGCCAAACUUCCUGCGGUCGUAACCAGCAAGAUCAAACAGUUCGAGCUGUACUCGGAGGCCAGCAUCGCCCUGCUGCACCUGAAAAGCCCGCAGGACUUCCCCGACCUGACUCAGCAGGCCAAGAAGAACCUGACGCUGGAUGGGAAGGAGCUGAGCAUCAGCCCGGCCUACUUGUUCUGGGACCUCACCGCCAUCUCACAGUCCAAGCAGGACGAAGACGUGUCUGCCAGCCGCUUCGAGGACAACGAGGAGCUCCGCUAUUCGCUGCGCUCGGUGGAGAAACACGCCCCCUGGGUGCGGCACAUCUUCAUCGUCACUAACGGGCAGAUUCCCUCCUGGCUCAACCUGGAUAACCCCAGAGUUUCAGUUGUCACACAUCAGGAUAUCUUCUUGAAUCACAGCCACCUUCCCACCUUCAGCUCCCCCGCUAUAGAAACCCACAUCCAUCGUAUCCCGGGCCUCUCCCAGAAGUUUAUUUACCUCAACGACGACGUCAUGUUCGGCAAAGACGUGUGGCCGGACGACUUCUACAGCCACUCCAAAGGACAGAAGGUGUAUCUCACCUGGCCUGUGCCCAACUGUGCCGAAGGCUGCCCGGGAUCCUGGAUCAAAGAUGGCUACUGUGACAAAGCCUGCAACAACUCUGCGUGCGACUGGGACGGAGGAGACUGCCUGGGUGCGGCGGCGAACAGUCGCUUCCCUGCCGGGGUCGGCGGCGGCGGGGCCGGUGGAGCCGGCGGACAGGUGUGGCAGUUCGCGGGAGGUCUCGGAGGAUUCGGGGGGACAACGUACUGUAAUCAGGGCUGUGCCAACUCCUGGCUGGCUGACAAGUUCUGCGACCAGGCGUGCAACGUGCUGUCCUGCGGCUUCGAUGUGGGCGACUGUGGGCAAGCUCACUUUAGUGAGCUGCACAGAGUCACCCUGCUGAGGAACCAGAGUGUCUACACCCUCCCUGUGGGCGAAGUCAGGCCGUAUUUCAGCUUCUCCAGGCUGGCCCACAGGAUCUCCGAGGCCCACGUCAGCGACAGCUCGGUCGUCCGCCACACCUCCGUCGCCAACAAGUGGAAGACCAUCCACCUGCUUCUUCACCCGGGCCACAACUCCACCCAGAUCCACUACAACCUCACCCUCCAGCGGGAGGACGACUCCCAGUUCUCCAUGACCUUCAGCGUGGUCGUCGACACCCGCGAGGUGCCGCAAGCUAACGUGACCCAGCCGGCCAGUAAAGACGCAGCAAAAGAGCCGAAACCGUCGCCGACUCCAGAGCCGGUCUUCCCCUUCUCGGAUAUUCCCGAGGACAAACGUGGGCCGAAGGUCCGUGAGAGGCGUCCCGGCGACGCUCAGGCUGUUAUAGACGUUGCUUCAGUGAACGUGUCGCUUCUACCCGCCGCCGUUCGCAGUGAGCUUCAGAAGCUGGAGGAGAAGCUGCUGGUUGGAGACAUCACCGUGAAGGGGUUCAACCUGACAAAGGCCGAACUCCUGGAGUCCUUCAGGGAUCUGGCCCAGCAGCCGCAGCAGGUCCAGGACGGAGCAGGCAGAGCCGAAGAUAAACCGGACGAAAACCCAGCGGCAGGAAAAAUGGAUCAGGCAGUGAACGUUAUCCAGAAAACUCAAAGCUCAAAACAUAAGACUCCUUUCGUCCCGGUUCACAUUGACAAUAAACAUGUGGAGAACGUGAAAGCUGUGGCCGAGCGGCCUAUGACUUCCAAACUACUGAGCAGCAUCGCCCACAAGAAAGCCCCAGAGAGUCCGGCGGAGCAGGCCGAAGCUCCUCCGGUGGGGAGGAAGCUGCAGCACUUUGUCUCGGCCGACCGGGGCUUCCUGCCAUGGGAGAGGAGGAAGCUUUUCCAACGUCUGCUUGAGGAAGAGGAGCGUCUGCAGAGGGAGCUGUCGUACGAGGCCGACGGAGCCGCCACGGCCCGGAAGCUGCGCGACACGUUCGCCGACUCGCUGCGAUACGUCAACAAGCUGCUCAACAGCCAGUUCGGCUUCACGUCCCGCAAAGUCCCCGCGCACAUGCCGCACAUGAUCGACCGGCUCAUCAUGCAGGAGCUGCAGGACACAUUCCCAGACGAGUUUGACAAAACGUCGGGCCACCGCGUCCGCCACUCUGAGGACAUGCAGUUCGCCUUUUCCUACUUCUACUUCCUCAUGAGCGCUCAGCAGCACCUCAAUGUCUCCGAAGUCUUCGACGAGAUCGACACGGACCACUCGGGCGUUCUGUCGGACCGCGAGAUCCGAACCCUCGCCACCAGGAUCCACGAGCUGCCUCUCAGCCUCCAGGACCUGACGGGUCUGGAGCAGAUGCUGAUCAACUGCUCCAAGACGCUCCCGACUAACCUGACCCAGCUCCACCUUGUGAAUCCAACCCAGGAGGCGUAUUACGACCCCAGCAUGCCUCCCGUCACCAAAGGCCUCAUCCUGCACUGCAAACCCAUCACAGAGCGGAUCCACAAAGCCUUCAAGGACCAGAACAAAUACAAGUUUGAGAUUAUGGGCGAGGAGGAGAUUGCGUUCAAGAUGGUGCGCACCAACGUGUCCCACGUGGUCGGUCAGCUGGACGACAUCAGGAAAAACCCCCGGAAGUUCAUCUGUCUGAAUGACAACAUCGACCACACCCACAAGGACGCGGCCACGGUGAAAGCCGUGCUGAGAGACUUCUACGAGUCCAUGUUCCCGCUGCCGUCCCAGUUCGAGCUGCCCAGAGAGUACCGCAACAGGUUCCUGCACAUGGAGGAGCUGCAGGAGUGGCGGGUGUACCGGGACAAGCUGAAGUUCUGGACACACUGCGUCCUCGUCACGCUCGUCGUGUUCACCGUCAUGUCCUUCUUCGCCGAGCAGAUAAUUAGAUAUUCCUGCUGGAGGAGCUUCCAGAGAUCACUGCAAAGAAAUUUAAAGUAAGAAAGCUCAUUCUUCUGAAGAGAAAGCUGUUCCCCAGACGCAGGGCGACCAGGGAUGGAAACUCUGAGCGGGUGUGAGAAAGGAAGACGCCUCUCUCUUUCUCCUCUCUACACCUCCUGCUCCUCCUCCUCCCCCUCCUUCCUCCUCGUCAGCAGCUCUGAGGAGAGGAGAGGAUCCUCCCGGGGGGAGCAGGUGAAAACAGGAACUCCACAGAGCGUCGUUGCCCCGACAGAGAUGCAGGCGAGACUCCGGUGAGAUGCUGAUGAGACAUUUUUUCAGAAGAUGACAGACGGAGCUGGCCAGAAACGGGAACCAGCAGCCAGACAGAAGAAGAGUGUGAGUUUUGUUAUCCCUCCACCGGGGGCGCCCGACACUCUCUCUCCACACAUCUCCUCCUCCUGUCACUGCCACAGGAGAGGCUGUGUGUUGACAAAGCUUCAAACUCCUGGCACGAGCAGGACAGGACCUGGAGAGGGGGAAAAAAAACAAACAAACAAAACAAAAACUGCUGCCAGCUUCUUUAAUGUUGGUAUUUUGCUCCUUUCUCUCUCUUUCUCUUUUUUAAUCAUCACAAGUUCAAUAUCUUUGCAUUUAUAAUUGGAAAAAUGAUGAAUUUGGAAUGAAAUCCUUCUACUUCUGGUUUGUUUGAAAAUCACUGCUUCACUUCACGCAUUGAGGAAAUAAAAAAAAGUUAAUUUAGGAUUAUUGAGGCACCUAAAAACCAACAACACUCCUCCGUCCUUCCCUCAUAACUUCAUCACUGCUGUGUUUAAAGCCUGAAAUAUCUGGAAACCAAAGGUCAGGUCUCUUUGUUUCCUCACGUCAAAUUAAAUUAAUCAAUUACUGAACACGUGCCGGUGCCAACUUUUUAAAUGCAGGUGUUUUCUGCUUCAUUUUAAAGAGAUGAAAAGAAAACACUUGCUUUAAUAGCAGAGGGAGAAUUAAUGGAGCGCUCAAACACCCAACAACACUUCCUCCAUCCUGCACUGUUUUGCUUCCUUUUCCAGCAUUUCGGUACGAUUGUGCAUGAAACUCCUGCAUCGACGUCAAACUUCCCUCCGUAAAGGAAAAAAUACAAAACGUGCUGGUGCCAACGUCUGAAAUAUUUGUAUGUUAUGCUUCCUUUUUGUUCUCUAUCUUUACUGUAAUGGGCAUUUUUUUUUUAUAAACCAAACAAAUGAAAUAAGAUGAACAGAUGAGGCCACUGUGGCUUUAUGUUAAAGAAAUGGAGAUAAAAUACAUGAUUCAGUCAAAACAGAAAGCACUCCUUCUGUCCUCAGCGAAUCAUUAUUUAUCGAAGCGAAAAUACAGAACUUCUCAAAUGUUGGUAUUAUAUGCUUUUGUGAAGAUGAGUAUUUCUUAUUUUGUGCUCGCGGAUGAGGAAUCUUUGGCGAUUUCUAAAGAAAACAUUUGAAAUUAGAAGUGAGAAUGAAACCAAUGUACUUUUGCCUCGAGCGACGUUUUGUCUUUCACUACUACUUCUUUUAAGACAAAUUGAAGGAAAAUACACCCAUAAAUAUGAUAAUUUAACUGUUGCAUAUUUUGUCAGCUGUCUUUAAAGGAACCUUAUGUAGUAUUUCAGCCAGGAGUCAGAGAUCCUCCUUGCAAUACCACAUUUUACCACCAGUGGGUACAGUGAGUCGGAACAGGAGCAGAAACUCUCAGCUGGCCUCACUGAAAUCUUACAUGCCGCGCCUUUUCGGAACGUGAAAACUUGAAGUGCCUUCGUUCAUCCCCGCUCGUUUUGAACGUGUUUCUUUGGCUUUUUCUGAACGCGGGCCUCGUCGCACCCCGAUCUAAUGGUUUACAGUGAGAAUGAACGGGAUGAAUCAUGCUGUGAGGAUCGUUCUCUGCGCGGUACAGGAGUGUGUGUGUGAUGCUCCAGCUUUCCACGGCCGCCUGGGUGUGUGUCCCCGUGGGACUCGACAGGCCGGCUGCUGUCUGAAAUUCAGACCCCCUCAGCAUGUUUCUCUAACUUAUUUUGGAUUGUAUUAUUGUGACGGGGACUGAUGCAUCUGAUUUAAAUGCCAGAAUGUGAAAAUUGCCUGCCAUGUCUUUAAACGCUCUCCUCUGAAUGUCACUUUUCUGUAAUGGAAUUACUAAAAACAAUGAGGAAGUUGAAAGUAGAAGUCGAUGCCACGGGAUGCAAGUUUGUAGAGACGCUGAGUAACAUGUUGGGAAACUGGAUUUCCUCAGAUUGCAUCAGUUUCACUCAUUUUGUCUGAAUGAAAUAAAUGUGAUUUGGUUUCAA